GUCAACAUGGGUUCCUCAGGUCUCCCCUCCAAGAUGAAGGCGCUGAGGUACGAGAAGCCAGAAGUAUUCAGCGUCGUCGAGGCACCCCUUCCUCAGCUCCGUGAGCACGAUGUUUUGGUCAAGGUCAAGGCCUCUGGUGUCUGCGGUACUGAUCUUCAUAUUCAUGAGGGUGAAUUUUUGGCCAAGUUCCCAUUGAUUCCUGGUCACGAAACCGUCGGUGUCGUUGCUGCUCUUGGACCAAAAGUCAAGGGUUUCAAGGUCGGUGACCGUGUGGUUGCCGACAACUCUGAACUCUGCGGAGAAUGCUUCUACUGCCGUCGUGGCGAGGAGCUUCUCUGUGAAGACUUCCAAGCACACGGUGUCACCAUGGACGGUGGCUUCGCUGAGUACUGCGCAUACCCAGCCAAGAGAGUCUUCCAGAUCAAGAACCUCAGCGACGUCGAUGCCACUCUUCUCGAGCCGGCUUCCUGCGCUGCCCACGGUCUGGACAAGAUAGCUCCCAAGAUGGGUUCCAGUGUGCUCAUGUUCGGUGCGGGACCUACGGGUCUCGUCUUGGCUCAGCUGCUGCGUCUGAACGGCGGCUGCCACGUCGUUAUUGCUGCUCCUGAGGGUCUCAAGAUGAACCUGGCCAAGUCUCUCGAUGCUGCGGAUGAAUACGUCGAGCUGUCCCGUAAGAACCCAGAGGCACAAUUCGAGAAACUGAAGGCCGAGAACCCAUACGGAUUCGACAUCGUUGUUGAAGCCACCGGCAGCGUCAAGAUUUUGGAGGACUCGAUCAACUAUGUCCGAAGAGGUGGCAAGCUCGUCGUGUAUGGCGUCUAUGCCAACAAGGACCGUGUCUCUUGGCCACCAAGCAAGAUCUUUGGUGACGAGAUCACCAUUCUCGGUUCUUUCAGCGAGACCUACAAGUUCCCUGCUGCCAUCGACUAUCUCGAUAGCGGCAAGGUCAAGGUCAAGGGCAUUGUCAACAAGACCUUCAAGUUGGAGCAAUGGGCCGAUUGUCUGGAAGCAAUGAAGAACAAGAGCGCCAUUAAGGCCGCAAUCGUCUUCGACUAAGUUGCACGUUCGUGUUGGCGGACAAGUGGAAAAGCAUCGUGUCGAUGUAGCCUGCAUACAAACUUGGUGUAAAUCUCUCCAUAUCUGUGAUGUAAAAAGGCC